AUGUUUCUGCUUCUACUCCUAAUUGCUAAUUUUCUCAACCAAGCUUAUAGUACUAAUUAUGGUCCAAGCCCUGCCCCUACUCCUGCCAUACCUCCACUACCCUUCUCAUCUGAGUUAAUUUUCCCCAAGUUCGACAGUGAUGCUUGCAGUGCCAGCAGCCCAUUGACGUGCACAGGCGCAGUCACCGCUAGCGAUCAUGGCUACUUAAGUCUUACCCCGGAGCCACAACCAAACUCACUGCUCAACCACAACCAGGUUGGGAGGGUUCUAUACAAGUACCCUUUGGUUGCAUGGCCGGCAAUUAUCUCUACCACCUUCACAUUUAGAAUCACUGUCUCCCCCAGUUCACCAGGUUAUGGAGAUGGAAUAACAUUUGUCAUGGCUCCAGAUGGCGGUCCCUCGCCACCUUAUAGCUAUGGCUCCUUUCUUGGACUCAUGAAUCGAUCAACUAUAGGUCGUAGGAAUCUUCGUCAAUUAGCGGUGGAGUUUGAUACUUACAAGAACGAUUUUGACAUCGAUGGGAAUCACUUUGCUAUUGACACAAUAAGUGUUGAACAAUCCAUUAUAUCCAGGAGUCUUAACGACACUGGUAUUAAUCUCAAGAGUGGAAGAGACAUCAAGGUUCGAAUUGAUUAUAAUGGUUGGACAAAAGAGUUUGAAAUUUCCGUUGGGUAUGGAUCAGACUCACUGGUGAAGUUUUCUACAUUUCUUAUGGACAUCUCAUAUGUGGUUCCAAAGUCGGUUUAUGUGGGCUUCACAGCCUCCACGGGGGCUUUCACCGAGAGUCAUAAGCUUCUCAGUUGGGAGUUCUUAACUAGGCAUGCAAGUUUGAAAGAGGUUCUUAUCAACUUGAGUAUCAAAGACCUCGUCCAUGAUCUGCGUUGCGGUUCUUCCGAUCGGGACUUUCUCACUGGCGAUCUCGAGGUGUUACUACUCCAUGUUCAUGCGGCACCAUACAAUCCUACUAUGGUCUCAAGUCGGAUACAACAAGCAGAUUUUUCAAUCCCUGAAUCUCCCCCAUCCCUAGCGUCCAAUCUCAAUUGCGCAAGAUGUGAGUAUCAAAGACCUGUACCAUGA